AUGUCGCGCCUGAUCCGCAGCAGAGUGACCCUGGAGCGGUGGAGGCGGCUGUGGACCAAGUCCGGCCUCAGGGUUCUCCUGCCUCCCUCUGCAGCUGUCAUGGACCGGAAAGUGAAGUACUCCCGUCCUGCAGGCCUGGGGUCAACGUCGUUUGUCACAAACUUGUUCAGUGGGCACCUGGUCCCUGAAAACCUCUUUCCUUUCCCCUCAGCGCUCUCUGCGGAAGAAGCCCAGUCUCUGCAGGCCAUGCUGGAGCCCUGCGCCCGCUUCUUCCAGGAGGUGAACGAUGCGGCUGCCAACGAGCGGCUGGGCAGCAUCGAGGAGAAGACCUUGGCGGGCCUGAAGGAGAUGGGCUGCUUUGGCCUCCAAGUCCCCCAAGAGCUGGGCGGUGUGGGGCUCACCAACACCCAGUACGCCCGCAUGGUGGAGGUGGUCGGGAGGCAUGACCUGGGGGUGGGCAUCUGCCUUGGUGCCCACCAGUCGAUUGGCUUCAAGGGCAUCUUACUCUUUGGAACCAAGAGCCAGAAGGAGAAAUACCUGCCCCGGCUGGCAUCUGGGGAGAUCUUUGCUGCCUUCUGCCUGACGGAGCCCUCCAGCGGCUCAGACGCCGCCUCCAUCCAGACCACAGCCGAGCUCAGUCCCUGUGAGACGUUCUACACCCUGAACGGUGGGAAGAUCUGGAUCAGUAACGGAGGCACAGCUGAGAUCUUCACGGUGUUUGCCAAGACGCCCAUAAAAAACAUCACCACCGGAGAGGUGACCCACAAGAUCUCGGCCUUUAUUGUGGAGCGGGCCUUUGGGGGAGUGACCAGCGGCCCCCCUGAGAAGAAGAUGGGCAUCAGGUGCUCAAACACAGCGGAAGUGCAUUUUGACAGUGUGAAGGUGCCAGCCGAGAACCUGCUGGGGGCACCAGGCAAAGGGUUCAAGGUGGCCAUGGCCAUCCUCAACAACGGGCGCUUCGGCAUGGCCUCGGCCCUGGCAGGCACCAUGAAGGGCAUCAUCCUCAAGGCAGUGGACCACGCUGCCAACCGGAAGCAAUUUGGAAGCCCCAUCAGCAGCUACGGGGCGAUUCAGGAGAAAGUGGCACGGAUGGCCAUGCUGCUCUACGUGACAGAGGCCAUGGCGUAUGUGCUGAGUGCCAACAUGGACGCGGGCGUGCCAGACUACAAGCUGGAGGCUGCCAUCAGCAAGAUCUUUGCCUCGGAGGCUGCCUGGGCCGUGACGGACGAGGGGCUCCAGAUCCUGGGCGGGAUGGGCUACAUGCAGGAGGCGGGCGUGGAGCGGGUCCUGCGAGACCUGAGGAUCUUCCGCAUCUUCGAGGGCACCAACGACAUCCUCCGCCUCUUCGUGGCGCUCUCGGGCCUGGAGUACGCUGGGGAGGAGUUGCGGAGCCUGAAGAAGAAGAUCUUCAGCCCACAGGGGAAGAUGGAGGCCCUCUGCCAGGAGCUGGGGAGGAGAGCCAAACGGAAAGUGGGGAUCCCCACCGGCCUCUCACUGCAGGGCUUUGUGCACCCCGACCUCAAUGACUGCGCUGCCCUGGUCACCAGGGCCAUCGACCUGUUUGGGGAAGCCGUGGAGAGCCUCCUGCUGAAAUACGGCCCGGCGGUGGCAGAGCAGCAGUUCCUCCUGAAGCGGGUGGCAGAUGCGGCCAUCGACUCCUAUGCCAUGGCUGUGGCCUUGUCCAGGGCUCCGAACGCUGUCUCUCUCGGGCAACCCUCCGCUGAACACGAGAAGCUGCUCUGUCGGACCUGGUGUUACGAGGCCUUCCAGAGAGUGCGGGAAUCUUUGCAGCAAGCAACGGCCCCCAGGUGGAAGAAGUCCUUUGCCGACAUGAAGCUGAUUUCUGACGCCCUGGUGCAAAACCAGGGCCCAGUGGCCGCCCACCCCCUGGGCUUCUGA